AAUUCGAUGUAUCACUGUCAUUCAUCACUGUUUUGACACUAUUGACGUGUUGAGUGUUGUUGGAUGUCUUCAAAAAAAUUGCGCCGAAUACGAUGUCUGUCAGGUGACAUUAUUGAAAGACUGGCAAAAAAUAAUGUAAACACAUGCAAGGAUGUCUUAUCAAAGUCAGACCUAGAGUUGCUUAAGAUACUUGGAGUUGGAAUCUUCACAAUACAUCACUUACAGAAGCAGUGUUCACUGGCCUGUGUUCCACAGUGUUUAACAAGCCUAGAGUUGCUUGAAAAGAAAAAGAAAGAAAAUGUACAAUUUUUCCCAACAAGCUUGUGUGACCUAGACUUUGUUUUACAUGGAGGAGUGCCCAUGGGAACAGUCACUGAAAUAGCUGGACCCUCAGGCUGUGGUAAAACGCAGUUCUGUACAAUGCUGAGUGUACUGGCCACCUUACCAAGGAACAGGGGAGGUCUGGGGGGGAAAGUCCUCUAUAUAGAUACAGAGUCAGCAUUUAGUGCAGAAAGACUGGUAGAAAUAGCUCAAAACAAGUAUCCUGAUUUGUACAACAGUGACGACGAGCUGUGCGAUAUGGCUCAGAAAGUCCUAGUGGAUAACCACCAGACUUGUGCUUCCCUCAUCAAAAAGUUAGAGACUCUUGAAGAGGAAGUGAUUGCUCACAAAAUCAGACUUAUAAUUGUUGAUUCCAUAGCAUCCUUGGUGAGAAAAGAGUUCAGUAGUGGUGCGGGCACCAGUUUAGUCCAGAGAACCAACUUCUUGUCUCGACAGGCUGCCCUUCUCAAAUAUGUAGCAGAGGUGUUCUGUAUUCCAGUAAUUGUGACAAAUCAGAUAACUACACGAUUUAGUCGUCAAGCAAGUGAUCAAGAUGAGGAAUCGACAGAAUUCUCUGAGGGAUAUGUAACGGUUGCUCUUGGUAACACUUGGAGUCAUAAUGUCAAUACCCGCUUAAUUCUGCAGUAUCUUAACGAUAAUAAAAGACAAGUUAUGGUGGCCAAAUCUCCUGUUGCUCCAUUUACUGUCUUCAAUUACACAAUACAAAAAGAUGGAAUCAUUCAAGACGCUGAGGGUGCAGGCUUGUAUGCUGGUACAGAUCCAGGAAUUCAACAAAUCAGUGUCCGGACUUCACUACCAUUUCAAAAUGACAAUCAUUUCUUUACAAGGACAACAAAAUGACCAUAUUUUCAUGAAAUUACAGACUUUCAUUGUCAGUGUGUUAAAGAUGCUGAGGUAAACUUGCAGAUAAAAGAUGGAUUUAUUUCCAUGUCUGAAAAUUAAUAGAACAGGUUCAUAAAAUUUGAUCAGUGAUUAAUA